GUCAAUGAAAGUCAAACUGAAACUAACUACUAAGUAAAAAGUUCGUGACCGAUCUUCAAAAUUUAUCUCAAAAUAUUGAUGAGCUAAUCGUAAAUAUAUAAAAAUUAUGAAAAUUUUAUAUGAUACAAGAUAAUAAAAAUGUCUGAGAAAGAAGGAGGAUUUUUCUAUAACAUCGAGAGUUUGUUGGAAAAGGAUUAUCGUGGAGUAAAUAUUGCCGUGUACAGCAUAGCCACUGCUGGACUUGCUCUAGCUAUACACAAAAUCCGUCCAGUAAGCAAAUUUUCGAAAGCGAGUAAGAUACCAGAACAUUUUUUUAAACAACAUGAGCCAUUGAAGGGUGUUUAUGCUGGAGUUCAGCACUCGCCAGUAAGGCUCCUGAUUAAUCACAAGGCACCUGUUUACUUACCUUUAUGGCAUUCAAGUAAACCACCUCUGCCAGUAAAGCUAUGGGGAGUUGAUAUUGUUAGUGGAAAUGCUAUGAAUUGGCUGGACUGUGUAGCAAAAGGACAAAAAGUUACUUUAAAGCCUAUUGCUCGAGAGAAAGAUGAUUUAGUGUCCACUGUAAUUUUGCAUUUACACCAACCAAAGACAAAAACUGAAGAAACUCUGGACCUUGGACAGAAACUGAUUGAACUUGGCUUUGCUAAAGCUUCUGUACCGCAACAAAUUGGAAAGAGAACUGUAGAAUCUAAAUUAGCACCAGCCCUCUUGUCUGCUGAGAGUCGUGCAAAGAGUCAAAGAAAUGGAAUAUGGUCAGAUCAACUGCCGCCUGUGCCUUUCUAUGUUGUGUAUUGGAGGAGAGGCUGUCACAUGACCAGAGACUUGCUUGUGCUCUCCACAAAGAAAAUACUACAAAUUAUAGUCUUCUUAUCAAAGAAUGCAUUAGUGGGUGCAAAAUAUAUAAUACGCAGACCAUUUAAGUCCAACUCAAAACAAAUACAAGCUACUUAAUUAUUGCAUUUUAUUUGUAUGUUACUUAAUAGUUAGGUGUUAGUACCAAAUGUGUUAUAAAUUACUGUAUAAUUAUUUGGUUACUUGUCUUCCUUAUUUUCAUGACUUAAAAUUCUAUUCUGUAUAUAUUUGUUGAACAAUAAAAUUACUACAAUACAAGUAAA